AUGGCAGGAGACAACGACUUCGAGGAUCAACCUCAAGCCUUCGACGCAAAGAGGCUCGAGCCCGCCAGAAAGCGUCAUCGAUCCGAGUCGCCCUCUAGGAAUGGCUCCCCAUCAUCAUCCUCACACCGCGCCAAAAAGUCCAAUCGAGACGACGUCCCCGACGAGCUCCCACAGCCCUACGACGCAAAGACGCUCGCCGCAGCCAAGAGGCGCACCUCUCCCAGCGGCGGCGACAGAGAGCCGCCGCGCAAGCUGAAGCGGCCCGGCCAGCGCGCGCGCAUCAGCGAGGCCGAACGCGAGCACAUCCGUCAGCGCGCCCUGGAGCGGGAGCGGGAGCUGGCCCGCGAGGCCGAGGAGGCGCGGCGCGGCGCCAUUAACGAUGUUGUGCGCGCCCACUACAACGCCGUGCCGGAGCGCGGCCGCGACUGGCGCAAGACGGACAGCCGCAUCAAGGGCCUGCGGUCCUUCAACAACUGGGUCAAGAGCUGCAUCAUCCAGAAGUUCUCGCCCGACGAGGACCACGCACCGGGCGCGAGGGAGUACGGCAUCUCGAGCGGCGCGGAGCUGCUCGUUCUCGACAUUGGCUGCGGCAAGGGUGGUGAUCUGGGGAAAUGGCAGCAAGCGCCUCAGACAGUGCAGCUAUACGUCGGCCUAGAUCCGGCAGAAAUCUCGAUCGAGCAGGCAAAGGAGCGCUAUCGAAGCAUGUCUCAUAGGGGAGGCGGCGGCAGGGGUGGUCGGGGCGGGUUUAACAGACGGCCUCCACCAAGGCUUUUCGAGUCACGGUUUCACGUCAAGGAUUGUUACGGCGAGUCGAUCGAGGACAUUGAUGUCGUGAGGCAGGUGGGCUUCGCUCAGUCAAACAUCAGCAGCAGCCGAGGCUUCGACGUGGUCAGCAUGAUGUUCUGCAUGCACUAUGCGUUCGAGACCGAGGCAAAGGCACGCCAAAUGCUGAAGAACGUUGCUGGCGCCUUGAAGAAGGGAGGCCGGUUCAUUGGAACGAUCCCCAAUUCAGAUGUCAUCAGUGAACAGGUGCGUGCCUUCAAUGCAAAGAUGGAAGCCAAAGCCAAGGCUCCUCCGGUUGAAGUUGAGGUGGAGGAGGGUGAGGAGCGUGAGGAAGGCGAGGCGGAGGAAACUGCAGAAUGGGGCAACGGCAUCUACCGCGUCAGGUUCCCGGGCAAGACGCCUGAGGAUGGCAUUUUCCGACCCCCUUUUGGCUGGAAGUACAAUUUCUUUCUGCAUGAAGCUGUCGAGGAAGUCCCCGAGUAUGUAGUGCCGUGGGAAGCUUUCAGAGCUCUGGCAGAAGACUACAAUUUGGAACUGCAGUACCACAAGACGUUUACAGACAUCUGGGAGACGGAAAAGGACGAUGAGACACUGGGGCCGUUGAGUGAGCGUAUGGGAGUGCGAAGUAGACAUGAUGGCUCGCUGUUGGUCACGCCAGAGGAGAUGGAAGCUGCGAGCUUCUAUGUGGGAUUCUGUUUUUACAAGGUAUAA